GACUGUGCCGCAGACAAUCCAGACGACGCCCAGGAGCUUGAGCCCUUUCUGCUUAUCAUCGUACCCCAGUUUCAUUCAUCUUACCCUCAACCUCGUCGAUUCUGCUAGGCAGCCCUUCAUAUACGACCAACUGGACGAACUGACAAGGAUCAAGUAUCUGUACUACAGAGCACGACUCACGAAAUAACCAACUCUUUACGACUCGGACUAUCCAACCGUUACGAUGGCACCGACUUUGGGACAAUUUUCUCCAUUUCAGGUCGAUGUACCUCACGUCGCAUAUGCCGCCCUAGGAGGAUUCGUCGUCUUCUUUGGGAUGUUCUCGCUCUUCAUACGAGAGAAGCUCUAUAUCGGCGAAGCAUGCUGGGCAUUUUUAUUUGGUGUCAUCAUUGGUCCAUACUGCGCCGAUAUCUUCAAUCCCCGCGGGUGGGGCAACGGUGACGAGGACGUUGUCAAUACGAUCACCCUGGAAUUUACCCGUGUUGUCCUCGCUAUCGGUGUCUUCGCGAUCGGUGUCGAACUCCCGAAACAGUACAUGAAAAGACAUUGGAAAAGUCUAGCCUUCCUGCUGUUUCCCUGUAUGACUUGGGGCUGGUUCGUCUCCGCGGGGCUCAUUUACGCCCUCAUACCGAAGCUCAACUUCCUCUCCUCUCUCGCCAUUGCCGCAUGCCUUACACCAACCGAUCCUAUCCUCGCGGCGGCCGUUGUUGGUGGAAAGUACGCUGAUAAGCACGUCCCUGCUCACUUGCGGCAUCUGCUUGCUGCAGAGAGCGGGUGUAACGACGGAGCGGCAUUCCCGUUCUUGUAUAUCUCGCUGUACUUGAUCAUUGACAAGAAUACGGGUACGGCGGUGAGUGACUGGUUCGUUGUCCUAUGGCUAUACGAGGUGUUCCUUGGAAUCGUCUUCGGCGCUAUCAUCGGCUUUGGGUUUCGACACCUCAUGAAAUUCUGCGAACGCAAAGAGCUGAUCGAUAGACAGUCCUACGUCGCGCAGUAUGUCUCCCUCGCUCUCCUCACCAUCGGCACCACCACCAUGCUCGGGUCGGACGAUCUUCUUGCCGCCUUCUCCUGCGGGACGGCAUUCGCCUGGGACGGGUUCUUCAAUCGUCAGACGGAGGAAUCCGUGUUCAGCAGCGUGAUUGAUCUGCUAUUCAACGUGGCGGCAUUCGUGUUCGUUGGAGCGUGGACGCCGUUCAGCGAUUUCAGCAGCGAAGAGUUUAGUUUGGACGUGUGGAGGCUGGUCGUCAUUGCGAUACUUGUCUUGUUGUUGAGGAGGUUGCCGAUUAUGUUGGCGCUGUAUAAGUGGAUCCCGGACGUGAAGAAUUUCCGGGAGGCGGUUUUCAGUGGACACUUUGGCCCCAUGGGCAUCGGAGCCAUCUUCAUCUCGACCCUCGCUGCCGAAUCUCUCCCGGAGCCCUCGUCUCCGCCAGCAAACCAACAAGAAAUCCUCGCCGGCACCAUCCAACCUAUCGUCGCCUUCAUGGUCGUCGCCUCCAUUCUCAUUCACGGUCUCUCCAUCCCCUUCUUCUCCCUCGGUCGUCGCGUCCACUCCGUCUCGCGUACCUGGUCGCGCCACGCCACUCUCGAGCCCACGCCCGAAUGGGCCACUCACACGCGUGCCGUCAGUCGUCCUGAGGAUAUCGUCAUCAAUAGGGAUGCGGAUGCGCUGGAGAGAGGAGAGGUGCCGUCGCAUGUGAAGGAUGAGGAGGAUAGUGGGGUGAGCGGGGAGGAGAAGUUUAUGGAGGGUGUGGAGGCGGGUAAGGAGGAGGAAAAGAGAGAUGUUGCAAGGGAGGUUGAAAGGGCUGGUGGCGUUCCGAUCGUUGAGGAAGGCAGGGAAGGAAGUGGUUCGGAGACAGCUCAGGGGAGCACGCAUGCACUCGGAGAGAGGAAGCUUGGAGAAGAGGAAGGACAGGAGUAUAAGGAGCAGAAUCUACCGGAUGGGGAGGACACGGUGCAAGAGUGGAAGGAAGGGCCGCAUAAGAUCAUCGAGAGGAGGGCAGGACCUGGGGAGGAGGUCGAAGUUGAAGUCCAACGCAAUGCAUACGCCAAACAUCCUGACGCCGAGCCAGUUACUCAGGCGUUCCGUGGUACCGAAGGACACGUGCACGACGUCGCUGCACGAUUUAUGCACGGCCUUCAGCAUGCCCCCAAGGACGCAGAGAAAGCGGUGGAAAAGGUGGAAGAGAAGGCAGAAAAGGCGGUGGAGAGCUUGUCACCUCAUCUGUCGCCUAUUACCUCACCGACCAAGCAUUCGAAGGCCACGACCGAAUCCCAAGCAGGACCGAGCGGUAGCGCCGAUGCAGGAGGAAACGGUGGUGAGGAAGACGAAGGAUGGGCUUCAGACGGGACGACUGAACGUGGUCAGAGCGGAAAACGAUCAGGCUCGAGCCCAGGGUCCAGACAUGGCAAGAGGCGCCUGUUCAUGCACGGUGUGGGACGUAUCGGUCGACGCAAGCCUACGACAGGGAAUGUUACUGGAAGUCGCUCAAGCCGUCCCUCAUCCGGCGCUAGCACUGGUCCUCUUCUGCAAGGGCACGAUGCUGCUUCUCGGCGCUCGCCUUCGCCCACUCCUUCGAGUCCUAUAGUCGUGGACUACGCUACACAACCGCCUCCUCAACCGUCUUUGCCACCGACCCAGUCUAUUCCGCCUAUUAUGACUGAACUUGCAUCUUCAUCCCCAUCUACUACACCUGAGGACGAGUCACCCAAUACACCAGAGGACAGUCGCGGACGUCCGCCUCCACGACCGGAGGCAGGAGGCAGGAGACGGUCGAGGCAGCACCAUAGACUGGAUACGCUCAGGAGGGAAGGUGGUGGAUCGUUUGGCAGUAGGGAUUCCAGUCCUUCUAGGAGUAUUAGGUGGGCGGACGAGGCUGGUGGUCCGAGGUCGCCAUUGCCUUUGUCGCCUACAAGUGACACCUUUGGAGAUGAUGCGGGUGCAGAUAGGGAGAGGGACGGUGGGGAUAGUGGGGAUGAAGACGGGGGAGGGAGGAGUGCAGGACCCAGGUCGAGCACUAGCGUGAGGUUCGAGUUGCCGGGUGCUGGAGAGGGAGGAAGAUGAGAGCGUGAUUACGAACAAUAAGUGUAGGAGACCGGUGAUGUUGCGCUGUGUGUUUUCAUCCACUAUUCCUCUCAUGCCUGUUGCUAUCUGAUUGUCCAAGUCGUGCAUUCACCUACGUGUUCGUCCUGUCACAACCCAUCCAACAUGUCCAUAUUCUAGUCUAUUUCCGCAUCAUUUACUUACGGUAUUGCAUGUUCGUUACCCUGUCACAUUUCUAUGAGUUCGCAUUUCACAACUUUGUUCGUUCAGUCCUAUUUUCAUGUUUUC